CUCCAGCGCCCCCUGCUCUUUCCCUACCUUAAUCCAUGCCCCACCACCGGACCCCACUCCCUCUGGGUGCCCCACUUCCGUCCACGCCGCUUCCCUCCGCCAAGAGCUCCGCCAAGGUCAUCGUCACCCGAGGACCACCACCCAACCGGACCGUCUUUGCACUCAGUCUCUGUUCGUUUCUGCCUUUUCCAACUCCAAACCAAACCUCCGAGGAAACUGGAACGGUCUCCAAAAGCCAAGAAGCUCACCACCCGCCAAGUUCAGCCAAGUCAAGCUUCCAUGUCUACCGCCUUGGUACAACCACCAACGCCCAAUCACACACUUUCAGUCGGCACAAUGACCGAAUGCCUUUUUUUCUUUUGCAAGCUCUCGUGCCAAUGUUCCCUUCACGACAACGCCCCUCUACGAAGGGGGGGCGUGUUAUCAUAUGCCCAGACCUUGGCAUCUUUCCCAGCUUUUUCUUUCUCUUUCUUGCACUUCCCCAGUCUGACGCUGAUGACCUUGUGGGUUACGAGGCACAAGCUUCCAAACUUUUUCGAAACCCUGCGCAUUUUCAAGUCUACCAGUCUCCCGGCUGUCAGUCUAUAAAGGUAGCCUUGUCCCCCCUCAACCUUUGUGAUCUCAAACUCUAGAUCUGCCGGUCAAACAGCUUCCCCUCUACUUCCUUCCAACCACACAACGGAAGAAGAAGCUUUUCCAAGGUUACCAAGCCAACCUCCAACCAUCGUCUCUGACCUCAUCCGCGAGUGAGAGGCAUCAACACUACCACCGCCUAUCUUCAGCCUCGAUUUGGCAAGUUCUACAGCUGAUUCAAGCUUCUCUCCACCUACCACCUCGAUCGUGAAUGGAAACAUCCUACAUCGCAUCGACGUCGCCAGCUCAGACACGACACAAUGUCUGGUGACUACCCAAAACACCCCUUCCUGCUGACGGUCCAAGAGACCGCUCAGGCGCUCGGAGUUGACCCCGACAAGGGAUUGUCUUCGCAGCAAGUCCAGCAGGCUUCGGACAAGUACCCUCCCAAUGAGUUCGAAGUCGGCGAGUCGGUGCCAUGGUACACCAUUCUGAGCAAGCAGUUGUUCAAUGCCAUGGUGCUCGUUCUCGUCUUCGCCAUGAUUCUGAGUUUCGCCAUCAACGACUACAUUGAGGGCGGCGUUCUUGCUUUUGUCAUUGUCGCCAACGUCACCAUCGGUUUCUGGCAGGAAUACCGCGCUGAGAAGCAGAUGGAUGCUCUCCGCACUCUGUCUGCCCCCUCUGCCAACGUUCUUCGCGACGGAAAGACCAAGGUCAUCCCCAACGCCGAAGUCGUCCCGGGUGACAUUAUUCUUCUGAAGAUGGGUGAUACCGUCCCUGCCGACAUGCGCAUGUUCGAGGCUAUGAACCUGUCUUGCGACGAGCAGUCUCUUACCGGUGAAGCUCAACCCGUCGAUAAGACCACCGAAGCCAACAUCAUAGUCCCUGGCUCCGAGAAGAAAGCCACCGAAGAGGGCGAGGUCGGUAUCGGUGACCGUCUCAACAUCGCAUACGCCACAACAAUUGUCCGCAAGGGCCGUGGUCGCGGUAUUGUGGUCGCUACUGGCAUGCAGACCGAGGUCGGCAAGAUCGCUGCAUCUACCCAAAAGAAGACUCGCAAGCCCGGUCGCUCCAUGAAUUACAAGAAGUACGGCAAGCGUCAGCCCGUUGUUGGUCUCUCGAGACGUGUCUACGAUGCUGUUGGCAAGUUCUUGGGUCUCACUGAGGGUACCCCUCUGCAGAAAAAGCUGGCCGCUCUGGCCUACCUUCUUUUUGGUUGUGCCAUCAUCCUGGCCAUCAUUGUCUUCGCUGCUCACAAGUUCGAUGUCACUGGUGAAGUCAUCAUCUAUGCCGUUUCUCUCGGUAUUGCCAUUAUCCCGGAAUCUCUCGUCGCUGUCCUCACAAUUACAAUGGUUGUCGCCGUGACGGUCAUGCGAAAGUCCAACGUCGUCGUCCGAGACCUUUCUGCCCUCGAGGCCCUUGGUGGUGUAACCAACAUUUGCUCCGACAAGACUGGAACCCUUACACAAGGUGCUAUGAUUGUCCGCAAGGCCUGGCUUCCAUUCUCCCACACCUACACAGUCCGAGACUCGCAAAGCCCCAAUGACCCGACCAAGGGUCGCGUCACCCACUCAGAGUCCAAGGAGCAGGAGAAGGUCGUCGAUGAGCCCCCCAAGCGCGACUACGAUCAGGAGCGAUCUGCCGCUGUUCUCAAGUUCGAUGUCCCCGAGGAGAAGCUUCAGAACAAGCAGCCUGCGAAGGCGCCCGAGGCCGAGAAUGAGGCCGAGAUGACCCCGCGCCUCAAGGCCUUCCUCCUGUCUUCCGCUCUCUGCAACCUGGCCACUGUCCGAUACGACGAGGAAGAAGCCAAGUGGCAAACCACUGGCGAACCCACAGAGAUUGCUCUUCAAAUCUUUUCACACCGCUUCAAGCUUGGAAAGAAGUCCCUCGAGGGCCUUGGCUGGAAACAACUUGCUGAAUUCCCCUUCGACAGCUCCAUCAAGCGUAUGUCUGUCAUUUACGACAUCCCCGAGAACGACGAGACUGCCGAUAUCUGGAGUCCCGAGAACAGUCUGGUCUUCACCAAGGGUGCUGUCGAGCGCAUCCUGGAUCUUUGCACCCACAUCGGGUUCGGCGAGGACAGACAGGAGCUCACCGACGCCUUGAAAGAGGACGUUCUCAGCCAGAUGAACGAGUUGGCCUCCCAAGGCCAGCGAGUCCUCGCCAUCGGCUGCCGCGACUGGAAUGGAAAGUUUACCACCAAGCAGGCUGACGUCGCCCAGGAGAAGGAAGAUGCUCUGCGUACCGAAGUUGAGCAGGGUCUCACUCUCCUAGGUCUCGCUGGUAUCUACGACCCUCCCCGCCGCGAGACUAAGCCAUCCAUCGCCGAAUGUUCAUCUGCCGGUAUCAAGGUCCACAUGCUUACGGGCGACCACCCCGAGACAGCCAAGGCUAUCGCUAAGGAAGUCGGCAUCAUCCCCAAGAACCUGGGUGUUCUCCCCGACGAAGUAGCCAAAGCGGUUGUGCAGAAGGCCACGGAUUUCGACAAGAUGACUGAUGCCGAGAUUGAUGCCAUGCCCGAGCUGCCUCUGGUCAUUGCCCGUUGUGCUCCCGAUACCAAGACUCGCAUGAUCGACGCCCUCCGUCGCCGCAACGCCUUCAUGGCCAUGACUGGUGAUGGUGUCAACGAUGCUCCUUCCUUGGCUCGUGCCGAUGUCGGCAUUGCCAUGGGCUCUGGUUCUGAUGUUGCCAAGUCCGCUUCCAAGAUUGUGCUUACUGAUGACAAGUUCAACUCCAUCGUUUCCGCCAUUCGCCAGGGUCGCCGCAUGUUUGACAACAUCCAGAAGUUCAUUCUCCAUCUCCUCAGCUCCAACGUUGGUGAGGUUAUUCUUCUGUGCUGCGGUCUUGCUUUCCGCGACGGUGCCGAUCUGUCCGUCUUCCCAAUUUCUCCUCUUGAGAUUCUCUGGAUCAACAUGGUUACCUCAUCCUUCCCCGCCUUUGGUCUGGGUCGUGAGCAGGCUGCUUCCGACGUUAUGCGCAAGCCCCCUCAGAACAAGAAGCGCGGUGUCUUCACCAACCAAAUCAUCAUUGACAUGAUUGUGUACGGUAUCAUCAUGGGCGCCUUGACCUUGGCCACUUUCAUCAUUGUUGUUUACGGAGCCAACGGCGGAAACCUGGGUUCCGAGUGCAACAAGACCUUCACCGAGGCUUGCAGACCCGUCUUCCGCGCCCGCGCCGCUGUCUUUGCCGAGCUCACCUGGAUCAUUCUCAUCUCCGCCUGGGAGUUCAAGAACCUUCGCCGCUCCAUGUUCCGUCUCAACCCCGACAGCAAGAGCAAGUUCCCCUUCUUCAAGGACAUUUACGGCAACAAGUUCUUGUUCUGGGCCGUCAUCAUCGGUGCCCUGUCUGUGUUCCCCGUCAUCUACAUUCCGACCCUCAACACCACACUGUUCAAGCACAUCGGCAUCACUUGGGAGUGGGGCAUUGUCGUCGGAUUCACUCUCCUGUACGUCGUUGGCGUCGAGGCUUGGAAGUUCGUCAAGCGCACCUUCAACCUCCUCGACGACCACCAGGUCGUUCGCGGCGCAUUCAGCCAGGGUGGCGAAGACGAGGGCCGCGACUUCAAGAAGACCAUCACCUUCAGUUCUUUCAAGAGUUGGCACUCUUUCGGCCGCAAGGAUACUGGCGAGUCGACGGGCCGCCGUAGCCGCUCUCAGCACCGCACCAACACCAACCUCUCGGGCGAUACCCACACUGCUGAUGCUUCCCCGAGCAACAGCAAUGACGAGAAGGCGCGCAUGGCGGGCGGCGAGUGCUGAACGGCAUAGCCCUAUUUUAUUGUUUUUCUGUGAUUUGAUUCGCAAAGAGUUAAUGAUACCACUGUCACGAAGAGGAUUUGUCGCAUAGUGCAAAAUCCAUGAUUUGACGGCCUAGUCAGAAGAGGAAAGAGACAGGCCGUGUUCCAGGUGGAGGAUGAUUGUAUUGCACCCUUGAGAGGGCUUUUACACGGUACUAAGAAUUAGCAUCACGAUGGAUCGAUAGACCGUCCUGAUUUUGAUAGGCU